UGUUGCACAAAUGAAAUGUGCUGAAAGAAAACCGUAACUAUUUAAAAACGUAUUAUUAAAGAUAUGCAGGUAUUCACCAAUGGCAUCAGUCUAACACAGCAAAGAUGUGACGAUACUGCCACUGGCUGGUGAUGGACCACUUUUUAUGAACCGUCACUCGAGAAGUAUCAGCAGUCACCUGUAAGCUGAAAGGGCUGCUCGGUGAUGCAGUGUUUCAGAAUCGUCCGCAAUGGAAAUGGUUAAGGACAUCACGGAGACGGCGGCCGUGGACCUGGGGGACCUGCUGGACGCCGGGGACGACGCCGUGGUGAUACUCGAGGCAGGUGACACGCGGCUGUUGGCGCACAGGGCCGUCCUGGCGGACAGGAGCCCUGUGUUCGCGGCCAUGUUCGCCCACGACACCCUCGAGGCCAGCAGCGGCGCGGUGAGCAUCCCGGACGUGGGGGGCCCGGUGCUGAGGCAGCUGGUCUCCUACCUGUACACCCUGCGGGCCCCCCAGCUGCCCGGCAUGGCCCCCCAGCUGCUGGCAGCAGCGGAUAAGUACGGGGUGUCGCGGCUGAAGGCAGAGUGCGAGCGGCAGGUGGCCGCUCAGCUGACCGUUGAGACGGCGGCGGCCGCAGCUGUUCUCGCAGUCCGCCACUCCUGCAGUGACCUCAAGCACGCUGCACUGGCGUUCAUUAAGACCUGUCCGUUCGAGGUGAUGGCCACUCAGGGGUGGGCAGAUGCGAUGCGGAAGCAGCCGGAAGACUUGAUCGAAGUGAGCCGGUUGCUGUAUGAUCCACCACCAAAAAGCAGCACACCAGCCGUCACCGCCACUACCGCCACUGCCACCACCACCACUGACGCCACCACCACCACCGCCACCACCACCACUGCCAACGCACCCCGCCAGACACCUGCUGCAGCUGCACUUCCCACAUCUCCUCCACCUGGAGAAGCCACUGUCUCUCGCAUGCGCCCACCAGCCGCUGCACAGCUGAGGCCCGCCACCACCUCCACCACCACCACCACCACUGCCGGCACAACCCGCCAGACUCCUGCUGCUGCUGCUGCUGCUGCUGCACCGCCCACGACUCCUGCACCUGAUGACGCCACUGUCUCUCACUUGCGGAGCCUCUCUGCCGAGGAGAGGGGCAGGAGGCUGGUCCUGGCGGUUGAGCAGGGGGCAGUGGGGGAGCUGAGGGCGCUGAUCGCCACAUGA